UUAUUCCACUUGACUCUCUCUGCCCCUUUCUAACUCUCUACUCAUCCUUGCAGUAUACGCUUCCUCCAGCUUUGUUCGACAUUGAUCACGACUGAAGCUCGCCUUUACAAGCGCAGAUCAGCAUCCAAUCGCAGCUUACCACAUCAUCUCAACAUUUUGUUGCGCCCCGUUUGGCUGUCGUGUGCUCCCCCUCCACCCUACGGACCGCCCGGAAUGACAGAACGACCACCGCCGCUUAAGCGCCGACGAGUGUCGAGCUCGGCUGAAGACAUGCAACAUAGCAUCGUCGACCCAGGCACAAUCAAGAUCAAUGUCAGCGGAGCCUACAUAAUCGACAACGGCGAGCCCGCACAAUCCCCGGCCAGUGAUAGCGGAGUCGAGGAACAAGGCUAUGAGCACGAUCGCCGCGAUAUCCGCCUACCAAACCAUACCUCUGUUGUCAGUCAUGUUGCCGCGGAUAUCGGUGGCUCGCUUGCCAAAGUCGUUUAUUUCUCCCGCGAGCCGGGCGCGAAAGAGCCGGGAGGUCGACUACACUUUUUGCGCUUCGAGACGGAGAAGAUAGAUACGUGUAUUGGAUUCAUGCACGAGUUGCAGAAGAAGCAGAAGAGAGCCAAUGGCGGCAAGCAAGAGGAACUCUGUGUCAUGGCUACCGGUGGUGGUGCUUUCAAGUACUACGAUCGCAUAAAGGAGAGAUUGGGUGUCGAUGUCAUGAGAGAGGAUGAGAUGGAAUGUCUGAUCCAAGGGCUGGACUUCUUCAUCACAGAGAUCCCGAACGAGGUCUUUACGUACCACGACGAGGAUCAGGAUAACCUCAUACACUAUGCCGACACUCGCGCGGAUGUGUACCCAUACCUACUUGUCAACAUUGGCAGUGGUGUGAGUAUGAUCAAGGUCGAAGGACCCUCCAAGUUCCAACGUAUCGGCGGCACAUCACUCGGAGGUGGCACACUCUGGGGUCUCCUCUCCCUACUCACCGGAGCACGCACAUUCGACGACAUGCUAGCAAUGGCCGACGCCGGCGACAACUCCACAGUAGAUCUUCUAGUCGGCGACAUCUACGGCCAAGGCAUGGGCUACGACAAGAUUGGCCUCAGCGAAAGAACAAUCGCCAGUUCCUUUGGCAAAGUAUUCAAAAGAAAAAGAGAAGCAGAACAAAUCGCCGAGGACGGACAAUUACAACAUGAAGAUGGACCAGAAAGAUACGACUCCAAAACACCAGAAGGCGCUGCGCAACAACAAUCAGACCGCAAAUUCGACAUUGGCGAAGGCCGCAUGUUUGCACCACAAGACAUAUCCCGAAGUCUGCUCUACGCAGUCAGUAACAACAUCGGUCAAAUCGCCUACCUCCAAUCCGAAAAACACAAUCUCAAGCACAUAUACUUUGGCGGCAGUUUCAUCCGCGGCCACCGCCAAACAAUCCACACCCUAUCCUUCGCCAUCAAAUUCUGGAGUAAAGGAAAUAAGCAAGCAUACUUCCUCCGCCAUGAAGGUUAUCUAGGAGCUGUGGGAGCAUUCCUAAAACGACAACCUAGGAACUUUGGCCGUAGACCGAGUGUCCAUGAUGAAGAGUGAUGAUUUCCUCCUCUUUUUCUUACUUCGACCUUCAUAAAUCACAUAGACAUGAACUUGUUAUAGACCACUUUUUGUUUGGAAAAACAUAAGGAAAAAGGAUAAUUCACAUUUAGAUUCUUUUCGAUACAGAGAAAGUGCAGACUACAAACGGUCCUUUUGUUAAUCCCUCUUGUUUCCUAGUAACUUUCCUGACAAGGGCAAUACGCGGAUUCUUCUCUUUUCUCAAUUCUUCACCACCAGAAAUGCUCUUGCACAGACAACUCUAAAUUGACAUGAACAAGUCGUCAUCAAAGCAGAACAAUUGCUCCGGGAGGAAAAUUAAAAUGUAUCAAAGCUUCCUUGCCAUGAAAGCAUGCAGAAACCCCCCACACACGUGUACACAUCCCGCGAGCAAAAAA